AGAAACGUAUAUUCAUUGUUAGAGCUGCCACUUGAGUAUCUCUGUUCAAUAUAACGGAUAAUCUGUGGCUGACUGGAACAACUCAGUUUUGCUUACCUUUAAAAAAAGCAUAUAUUUUUGAUACACACGCACAAGGACAAAAUGUUACAAAGUAGCAUAUAGAAUGCAACAAAAGCUGGGUGCCAUCGAUGGAACACUGGAUAGGCUACUUUGUAUCACUAGACCGGAUUGUACAUCACCUUCAUCACUUUUGGGUUUAGGUUCACGAGCGAAUAUCGCACUGAAAUGCAAUUGGUCAACAACUAAUCGAUGCAGCAUUUGAACCAAUCACAUUUAACAACGAGCCCCAGAGCGCGUAUAAUUUUGGGACAGUUAUAAAAUCGAGGCCAGAAAUCUCACAACACCAGGCGGAGAGCCCCUUUCUCUCUCACCACACGGAAAGCCACAACGCUUGGCCUCAUUGAAAAGAAAGAAAGAAAGAAAGGAAAUGCAGAGGGAUGUAAGAUGGCAGAGCUACAAAUGUUGCUAGAGGAAGAAAUUCCAGCCGGUAAACGAGCACUCGUGGAAAGCUACCAAAAUCUGUCGAGGGUUGCAGAAUACUGUGAAAACAAUUAUGUACAGAGGAAGGCAUCCGAUCAGCCAACAUCAGAGCAGCAGAAAAGAAGUCAAGCUGAGAGUCCGAUCCCAUCAACAUCUGCAUAGGCAUCAAGCUCAGCACCAGGAAAUAGUACUAAUCCUGCUGAUGAUGACCUUAACACCAGCUUUAGUAGUACAGCGCCUGUAGACCCAUUGGAUGAAAGCUUUCAGCCUGGAAUAAGCUUAAUCUCAACAUCAUCUGACUUAGAAACAAGCCAGGACAGCCAAAGGCCCAGGACAAGAGGAAAGCUCUGGAGGAGACUAAAGCCUACACCACCCAGUCUCUGGCGAGCGUUGCCUACCAGAUCAAUGCCUUAGCCAACAACGUGCUGCAGCUGCUGGACAUCCAGGCCUCGCAGCUGCGCCGGAUGGAGUCCUCCAUCAACCACAUCUCUCAGACAGUGGACAUCCACAAGGAGAAGGUGGCACGGCGAGAGAUCGGCAUCCUGACCACCAACAAGAACACGUCGCGCACGCACAAGAUCAUCGCCCCAGGCAACAUGGAGCGGCCAGUCCGGUAUAUCAGGAAGCCCAUCGACUACACGCUGCUGGACGACGUGGGCCACGGUGUCAAAUGGCUUAAAGCCAAGCAACAUGGCAACAACCAGCCAGCGAGGGGAGGAGGAGGAGGGGGGACAUUAUCGAGGACCAAUCCACCGACACAGAAACCCCCGAGCCCACCCAUGGCUGGUCGUGGAACUCUUGGGCGAAACACCCCAUAUAAGACCCUGGAGCCAGUCAAGCCUCCAACGGUGCCUAACGACUAUAUGACCAGCCCAGCACGACUAGGCAGCCAGCACAGCCCUGCACGCACUGCCUCCCUCAACCAGCGACCCAGAACACACAGUGGCAGCAGUGGGGGUAGUGGCGGGCGAGAGAACAGCGGUGGCAGCAGCAUAAGUGUUCCUCUGGCCGUGCCCACUCCCUCCCCUCCCAGCCUGGGACCAGCAGUCCCCCAGGGCCCAGGCCUGGGUCCCAUCCCCAUGUCCCAGUUUGGCACCAUCUCGAGGCAGGUCUCCCGCCACAACUCCACCGCCACCUCAGCCUCCAUGGUGUCGGCCACAGGUACCUACCGCCGGGCGCCCUCCGGCAGCUCCCAUUUCUCCAUGUCCCAGCAGCCCCACCUCAACGGGGGACCCGCAUACCCCCAGAACUUAGUGUCUGUGGCUCCUCCUCCCCCUCCUAUGGUCCAGCUGACUCCUCAGAUUCCUCUGACGGGCUUUGUGGCCAGAGUACAGGAGACCAUAACAGACAGCCCGGACCCCCUUCCACCGCCCCCUCCCGAGGACGUCGUCAUGUUUGAGGAGCCCUCGCCCCCUCCCCCGCCCCCACCAGUAGACUACCAGGGGGAUGAGGAGGCGGCCGUGGUGCACUACAAUGACCCUUAUGCUGACGAAGACCCCCACUGGGCCCCCAAAUCCUACGUAGAGAAGGUGGUGGCCAUUUAUGACUACUCCAAGGACAAGGAGGACGAACUGUCCUUCAUGGAGGGCUCCAUCAUCUAUAUCAUCAAGAAGAACGACGACGGCUGGUACGAGGGCGUCUGCAACGGCGUCACUGGCCUCUUCCCCGGCAACUACGUAGAGUCCAUCAUGCACUAUGCAGACUAAGGGCGGACAUUUUGACAGUGCAAAAACGGCAGGAUGUUACAAAGAAACGUGCUGAGUUUAGUAUUUGAAACGAUAAGGUAGCUUUUAGUAAGAUUUUGGCAUUUGUUUUGCACGGUCAAAUUGUCCUGAAAGCCUCCCAUCUCUUAUCCACACAGAAAAACGUCAAUCUUACUUUUACAGAAAAAAAAUAAGAAAGAAUAAACAAACAAACAAACAAACAAACAUAAAGAAGUGCAUUGCGACAUGAGUGACCGAAUGUUUGUUUUUGUCAGUGUCCAAAUUGCAAUGUUACAAAACAAGCUAAAUAUUCAAUUUACUAUGCUACAUGUUGGAGGGAGGGGAGGGGUGGGUUGGGGAGGUGGGCCAAGGGAUAGGGAAUAGGAGUUUUUAAUGCUAAAAGAUAUGAACAUUAAUUUGUUUAUUUCUGGUGAAGUUAUUUAGUUUUGUUUACAGUACCAGUCAAAAGUUUGGACACACCUACUCAUUCAAGGGUCUUACUAUUUUCUACAUUGCAGAAUAAUAGUGAAGACAUCAAAACUAUGAAAUAACACAUGUUGAAUCAUGCAGUAACCAAAAAUAAAAGUUCCAGGUGAAGCUGGUUGAGAGAAUGUGAAGCGUGUGCAAAGCUGUCAUCAAGGCAAAGGGUGGCUACUUUGAAGAAUCUCAAAUAUAAAAUAUGUUUGAUUUGUUCAACACUUUUUUGGUUGCUACAUGAUUCCAUGUGUUAUUUCAUAGUUUUGAUGUCUUCGCUAUUAUUAUACAAUGUAUAAAAUAGUCAAAUAAAGAAAAAACCUUGAAUGAGUAAGUGUGUCCAUAUUUUUUACUUGUACUGUAUAUAUACAGUGCAUUUGGAAAGUAUUCAGACCCCUUGACAUUUUUCACAUUUUGUUAGUUUACAGCCAUUUUCUAAAAUUGAUUAAUAGAUUUUUUCCUCAUCAAUCUACACACAAUCCUCCAUAAUGACAAAGCAAAAACAGGUUUUUAUACAUUUUUGCUCAUUUAGAAAAAAACAACAACUUAAAUAUCACAUAUACAUAAGUAUUCAGACCCAUUACUCAAGACUUUGUUUAUUUACCUUUGGCAGCGAUUAUAGCCUUGAGUCUUCUUGGACAUGACGCUACAAUCUUGGCACAGCUGUAUUUGGGAAGUUCUCCCAUUCUUCUCUGCAGAUCCUCUCAAGAGGUGUCACUACAGAACCGAGUUCGAUCCCGGGCCGUGUCUUUAUAAAAUGGCGCCGGAGCAGAAGGCAGACGUUUUACCUGCCCACAACCGAUUGUGUCUUUUGUUUGUUUAUCUGCGUUGUUUGUGACUUAGUUUUUAAAACUUUUUUGUACAUAAUGUUGCCGCUACCGUCUCUUAUAACUGAAAAUAACUUCUAGACAUCAGGACUCACCACGGCCUAGCAGACUCCAUUUUCUUCUUUCACGACUCUGACAAGCCCGAGGCGGAGGAUAUACGGCUCCCUCGGAAACAGGCCCCGACCCCAGUGAUCUGCGUGAUGCGGAGGCGGAGAAAGAGAGGCCGGAGGGCGGGCUGCCUUCUGAGGAGUAGGAGACGAUUGAAUAAACCCCCACUCGCCUCAAUUCUGCUUAUAAACAUGCUAUCUUUGGACAGUAAAAUUGACGAGUUAUUGGGAAGAUUAAACUACCAACCAGACUUUAAAAACUGUAACAUCUUAUGCUUCAAGGAGUCGUGGCUGAACAACGACAAUAUCAACAUACAGCUGGCUGGUUAUACGAUGUACCGGCAGGAUAGAACAGCGGCGUGUGGUAAGAUAAGGGGCGGCGGUCUACAGUAUGUGUUUUACAGCUGGUGCACAACAUCUAAGGAAGUCUCGAGCCAUUGUCUCGCCCUGAGGUACAGUUUCUCAUGAUAAGCUGCAGACCACAUUACCUACCGAGAGAGUUUUCAUCUAUAUUCUUUGCAGCUGUUUACAUACCAACACAGUCAGAGACUUGACGCCAAGACAGCAUUGAAUGAGCUGUAUUCCGCCAAAAGCAAACAAGAAAAUGCUCACCCAGAGGCGGCACUCCUCGUAGCCGGGGACUUUAAUGCAGGGAAACUUAAAUCGGUUUUACCUCAUUUCUAUCAACAUGUUAAAUGUGCAACCAGAGGGAAAAUAACUUUGGACCACCUAUACUCCACACACAGAGAUGCAUACAAAGCUCUCCCUCGCCCUCCAUUUGGCAAAUCUGACCAUAAUUCUAUCCUCCUGAUUCCUCCUUUCAAGCAAAAAUUUAAGCAGGAAGCACCAGUGACUUGAUCAAUAAAAAAGUGGUCAGAUGAAGCAGAUGCUAAGCUACAGGACUGUUUUUCUUGCACAGACUGGAAUAUGUUCCAGGAUUCCUCCAAUGGCAUUGAGGAGUACACCACAUCUGUCAUUGGCUUCAUCAAUAAGUGCAUCGAUGACAUCGUCCCCACAGUGACCGUACAUACAUACCCCAACCAGAAACCAUGGAUUACAGGCUGCUACCGCACUGAGCUAAAGGCUAGAGCUGCCGCUUUCAAGGCGCCGGACUCUAACCCGGAAGCUUAUAAGAAAUCCCGCUAUACUCUCCAACGAACCAUCAAACAGGCAAGCAUCAAUACAGUACUAAGACCGAGUCGUACUACACCGGCUCUGACGCUCUUUCGGAUGUGACAGGGCAUGCAAACCAUUAGACUACAAAGGGAAGCACAUCCGAGAGCUGCUCAGAGACAAGAGCCUACUGGACGAGCUUAACUACUUCUAUGCUCACAUGCACGAGAGCACCAGCUGUAUUGGAAGACUACGUGGUCACACUCUGCAGCCGAUGUGAGUAAGACCUUUAGACAGUUCAACAUUCACAAGGCUGCAUGGCCAGACGGAUUACCAGGACGUGUACUGCGAGCAUGCACUGACCAACUAGAAAGUGUCUUCGCUGAUAUUUUCAACCUCUCCCUGUCCAAGUCUGUAAUACCAACAUGUUUUAAGCAGACCAACAUAGUGCCUGUGCCCAAAAACACUAAGGUAACUUGCCUAAAUGACUACCGACCCAUCACUCACGUCUGUAGCCAUGAAGUGCUUUGAAAGGCUGGUCAUGGCUCACAUCAACACCAUCAUCCCAGAAGCCCUAGACCCACUCCAAUUUUUAUACCACCCAAACAGAUCCACAGAUCAUGCUGUCUCUAUUGCAUUCCACACUGCCCAAUCCCACAUGGACAAAAGGAACACCUAUGUAAGAAUGCUAUUCAUUGACUACAGCUCAGCAUUCAACACCAUAGUGCCCUCAACGCUCAUCACUAAGCUAAGGACCCUGGGACUAAACACCUCCCUCUGCAACUGGAUCCUGGACUUCCUGACAGACCGCCCCCAGGUGGUAAGGGUAUGUAACAACACAUCCACCACGCUGAUCCUCAACACAGGGGCCCCUCAGGGGUGUGUGCUCAGCCCCCUCGUGUACUCCCUGUUCACUCAAUUCAUGACUGCACGGCCAGGCAUGACUCCAACACCGUCAUUAAAUUUGCAGACGACACAACAGUGGUAAGCCUGAUCAACGACAACAGCGAGACAGCCUAUAGGGAUGAGAUCAGAGACCUGGCCGUGUGGUGCCAGGACAACAACCUCUCCCUCAACGUGAUCAAGACAAAGGAGAUGAUUGUGGACCGCUAGAAAAAGAGGACAGAGCACGCCCCCAUUCUCAUCGACGGGGCUGCAGUGGAGCAGGUUGAGAGCUCUAAGUUCCUUGGUGUCCACCUCACCAACAAACUAACAUAGUCCAAGCAUACCAUGACAGUUGUGAAGCGGGCACGACAAAACCUAUUCCCCCUCAGGAGACUGAAAAGAUUUGGCAUGGGUCCUCAGAUCCUCAAAACGUUCCACAGCUGCACCAUCGAGAGCAUCCUGAUUGGUUGCAUUACUGUCUGGUAUGGCAACUGUUUGGCCUCCGACCGCAAGGCACUACAGAGAGUAGUGUUAUAGGCCCAGUACAUCACUGGGGCCAAGCUUCCUGCCAUCCAGGACCUCUAUACCAGGUGGUGUCAGAGUAAGGCCCUGAAAAUUGUCAAAGACUCCAGCCACCCUAGUCAUAGACUGUUCUCUCUGCUACCACACGGCAAGCGGUACCGGAGCGCCAAGUCUAGGCCAAAGAGGCUACUAAAACAGCUUCUGCCCUCAAGCCAUAAGACUCCUGAACAUCUAGUCAAAUGGCUACCCAGACUAUUCACAUUGCCCCCCUCCCCUCUCCACACCACUGCCACUCUCUGUUGUCAUCUAUGCAUAGUCACUUUAAUUAACUCUACCUACACGUACAUACUACCUCAACCGGUGCCCCGCACAUUGUCUCUGUACCGGCACCCACCUGUGUAUAUUGUUAUUUUUUUACUGCUCCUCUUUAAUUACUUCACUUUUAUCUCUAUCCUUAUUCAUAUUUUUUGAAACUGCACUGUUGGUUAGGGGCUCGUAAGUAAGCAUUUCAUUGUAAGGUUGUACCUGUUGUAUUCGGCGCAUGUGACUACUAAAAUUAGAUUUGUGUCGAAUCCCACCACGACCUAGAGAUCCAUGAGGUGGCGCACAAUUAGCCCAACAUCAUAUGGGUUAGGGGAGGGUUUGGCCAUCCGGGUUGUCCUUGUCCCAUCGCGCUCUAGCAACUCCUGUGGCGGGCCAAGCACAUGCACGCUGACAUGGUUGCCAGUUGGACAGUGUUUCCUCCGACUCAUUGGUGCGGCUGGCUUCCGGAUUAAGCGAGAAGUGUUUUAAGAAGCAGUGUGGCUUGGCAGGGUCGUGUUUCGGAGGACGCAUGGCUCUCGACCUUCGCCACCCCGGAGUCCGUACAGGACUUCCCUGACCAAGACCCCUUCUCCCCCGAUUGCUCAGUUUGGCUGGGUGGCCAGCUCUAGGAAGAGUCUUGGUGGUUCCAAACUUCUUCCAUUUAAGAAUGAUGGAGGCCACUGUGUUCUUGGGGACCUUCAAUGCUGCAGAAAUGUUUUGGUACCCUUCACCAGAUCUGUGCCUCGACACAGUCAUGUAUCUGAGCUCUACGGACAAUUCCUCAUGGCCAUGCACUGUCAACUGUGGGAUCUUUAUAUAGACAGGUGUGUGCCUUUCCAAAUCAUGUCCAAUCAAUUGAAGUUAACACAGGUGGACUCCAAUCAAGUUCUGCAAACAUCUCAAGGAUGAUCAUUGGGAACAGGAUGCACCUGAGCUCAAUUUCAAGUCUCAUAGCAAAGGGUCUGAAUACUUAUAUAAAUAAGCUAUUU